UUUAAACUUAUUUCCCUUCUCUUUUUUUUAAAUUAUUGUUUUUAUGAAUGAAGUAAAGACAGCAACAACGAUUCAAGCCACGAUAGGUGCUGCUUGUUAUCGAUGCAGAGGAUUCAGACACGCUUGUGACAGAACAAAACCAGCUUGUUCUCGCUGUAAAAGAAGAGGCAUCACCUGCACUUAUCCAGAAGCCGCACCCACACUUAAAAAGCUUCAAAAAGCAACAGAAACACUAGGAGACCGUAUCAAGAAAUUCGGCGAACUUCUAAAGACAGGCGAACAUGGCCCUUUACCAAAUAAGAAUAAAGGCAUAUCCCUUCAGAGACUUGCUCAGCCUCGGUCCACAGUGGCGCCUGAAAUCGAUUCACCUUCCAAUCUAUCGAUAGACACACUCAUGGAAGACAAUGUGUCCACCACAAGCACACAAGUAGCAUCCACCAGCUCAUUUUCAGUCUAUCCAUGUACAAAAUGCUUUAAGGAUCUACAGCAAUGUGACUUGACCCUGCCGAGUUGCAGUCGAUGUGCUGAAGGUCAUUUUGAAUGUGUCUAUACAAAGACAGAACCCAAAGCAAAUCAUGUCUCUCAAGUACUGAAUACGAUGAACAAAGUCAUGGAUCAAUGGCAGGAAUCCAUUGAUAAAAUGGCCAAAGAUUUCGCUCAAAAGACAAGAGAUUUUGGUCAGCGUGUAGAUCAAUCGUUCAAGAAGAGCCCAUUACAGCCUUUUGCUUGGAAGAUUACGUCCACCAACAAGGGCCUUUCUGUUGAAAGCAACGUCAAUUCAUUCAAUGAUCUCUCCAAGCUAGUGGAUCAAUUCAAGCGUACUAUGCAUAUCUCUCCACGGGACCCAGAACCUGAUCCAUCUGAACUGGCAGACGAUCCCAGUCUAGAACUGGACGACACAAGUUCGAUUCAUACGUCUUCGAGUUUUUCGUUUGGCUUUCGAAACAUUUGGACGCAUCAUUCGCAUGCUUCAGAAGAAGACUGUCAUGUAGAAAUCACACAGGAAUUGACAGACAGUCUUGUUGAACUUUACUGCAAAACGCCUUGUUGCUCAACCAACAGGUUGCCUGUGCUCGACACCAUGGAGUUCUUAACUCGAUAUCAUGAGCCUGAUAAACGUCCUUCAGACGUACUUGUACAUGCUGUCUGUGCUUUAGCUGCACGCAACGCUUUUCAGAUUCAUGUCUGGAGUAAGCGUCCAGAGGAUGAAAUGUCAGAAUACAACAUGGGCAAAGCCAUCUCGGUGGCCUACUGUCAAAAGGGACGCGAAUUAUUAGCCGAAUGUUUUGAUGAUCCCACAUUCGAUAAUUGCCAAGCUGCUUUUUUGCUCUCUUAUUGUAACCAACAAAAUGGUCAUUUCAAGGUGGUUUCGAUGUACGAAUGGAUUGCAUUUACCAUGGCGCAAGAAUUAGGUCUUUAUGAUGAUGGUCGUGUACUCAGCACACAAGAGAGUAUGCUUGUUUGGUGCAUCUAUUAUUUCAAUAGCUGGUAUCGCGUCCUUCAAGGUGAACUCAAUUCGUCUACUGAAACAGAUCAGUUCUACCCUAGUUGUCCUCUACCUAUGCCUCCACCCAAACCAGAGCUUGAUUUUAUGCAGAUUGAUGCUGAGCCACCUCUUGAGCUCAUUCACCACUAUACCUUUACUGCAUGGUACUAUCUGCUUCAGCUACAAGUUAUCCAUCAAGACGUGCUGUGUCGAUUACUGUCUGGACAACAAGAUACAACACUAGCCAGAGAUCUUUUAGUCAUGCAGACCCGACUGGAGCAAUUCUAUGAGAGUUUGUUGCCUGAAUGGAAAUCACCCGAUCUCGAGUCAAUCAGUUUGGACCAAAUGGCCACUUCUGCUGCAUCCAGUCCGUUUGAUGUCAUUGGCUGUCCAUCACAGCACAGUAUGGAUAUUCAUGAGUUUGCAAGGUCUUGUAUGCUUAGUGUUCAUGUUGCUUAUAACAUGAACAAGAUCUUAAUCUAUCAAGCUUUCUUUCCUUCAGACCAUGUACCUACCUCUCCCUUCUCUAUCCAAUGCUUGAAUAUCUGUAUUGAUGCUGCUUAUGCCAUCACACAAACACUUGACAUCAUGGUCAAACAGCGCAAUGAAUGCAGUAUAUUCUUACUAGGUUUUCUUUUUGCCAACAUGGUCUAUAUCAAACUACUCGACUACCAUGAUCCUCAGUAUCAAGCGUUUGCUAGACGAUGUCUUGAACAGUCUAUCAAUAUCUGUAAAAUGUCAAAAGCGUAUCUUUAUGAUCUCGAAUUGACCCGUAAUUUUGUUAGCAUUAUGGAACAAGAUAUUCAUAAUGCCUUUUGUAUGUUUUCUCAUUAAUCUCUUUCUCUUGCAUUUUACUAUCUUACACCUAAUUCAUCUUUUACUUAUGUAUUAUCAUGCUAUUUAUAGUCUAUAAGAAACAUUCUAUUUUUAAUUCA